AUGGUGGCAGUGGGGGGCUGGCUGUCAUGUCAUGUGCGAGGGUUGCUUCCUUUGCUCCUGUUGCUUCUGUCACCCCUCGUGCCUGGCGCUCAGCCCAGUGAGGCGGCUGAGGUCGAUCCCAACGGCUAUCUGCUUUACUGCCCCUGUAUGGGCCGCUUCGGCAACCAGGCGUCGCACUUUCUCGGAGCACUGGCCGUGGCCAAGUCCGCCAACCGAACUCUGGUGGUACCACCUUUUAUCAGCUACGUGCAGCGACCCAUCCUCCUCGAGCCGUACACCGACUACUUUGACCUCGAGGCACUGCGUCCUUAUCACCGUGUCUUGGCCAUGGAAGACUUUAUGACGCGCCUGGCGCCCCACGUGUGGCCCCUCAAUCAGCGCCACAUGUACUGCAGCCGGUACGAUCCGGCACAGCCCGUCGAUUGCCGCACCAAGCAAGGCAAUCCGUUUGGCCCCUUUUGGGACCACUUUGGCAUCGACUUUGUUGGCGAUCGCGGCAUCGACUACCUGUUGCCACACAGCGAAUGGCCCCAGCGCUACGACCCCCGAAACGGCCACGCCGUCAUUGCCAUGCGGGGAGCACCAGCCACCUUCCCAGAAAAGCCCGAGCAUCGAGCCCUCGCUCGUUUUGUCGAGUGGCGCAGCGAUCGCCUUGCGAUGGCCCAGGCCUUUAUUGACCAGCAUUUGCCGCGUCCGUACUUGGCCGUACACAUUCGCGCUGGCACAGACUGGAAGCGCGCCUGCGAACACGCCAAUGGCGUCCCUUAUUACAUGUCCAGUCCCCAAUGCGACCACCUCCUCAACCCUCGAACGGUGACCAAGGAGUUGUGCUAUCCGGACCCCGACCAAGUCCUUGCCGACAUUGAGCGCCUUUGCGCCCAACAUGGCUUGCGUGCCGUCUACAUUGGCUCUGACAACCCACGCUUUGUGGAGCAGUUGCAAUCUCGCUGGGCGUGGCCAGACACACCCUUGGUGGUGCGGUCUCAUGGACCCAUGGAGGACAUGGUGUUGUUCACUCAGGCCGAUGUGUUCCUGGGCAAUUGCGUCAGCAGUUUUUCGGCCUUUGCUGUCCGGUAUCGCACCGUGCGCGACCUUCCCAGCGCGUUCUUUACUCUCGUUCCUGACACAAUCACUAGCUCUGUAACCCUGCCCUCCGAGGCUCAUGAUGAGCUUUAA